AUGUCUGAUGACGAUGAUUUUAUGCAGGACUCCGGGGAUGAGGAUUACGACUUUGAAUACGAGGAUGCAGAUGACGACGAAUCCGGUGACAUCGGAAUCGAAAACAAAUACUACAAUGCGAAGCAGAUCAAGGUCGACAACCCAGAGGAGGCGAUCGAUGAGUUUCUAGGCAUAGCGCCCAUGGAACAAGAUAAAGGCGACUGGGGUUUCAAGGGUUUGAAGCAAGCUAUCAAGCUAGAGUUCAAGCUUGGACGAUACGACGAUGCCGUUGAACACUACCGCGAGUUGCUCACAUAUGUUAAAUCCGCCGUUACACGAAACUAUUCCGAGAAGUCAAUCAAUAACAUGCUCGAUUUCAUCGAGAAAGAAUCGGAUGAUGCAAAGACGUACCAAUGCAUGGAGGAGUUCUACUCUAUGACCCUCGAAUCCUUCCAAAACACAAACAAUGAACGCCUUUGGCUGAAGACAAACAUCAAAUUGGCUCGCUUAUGGCUUGAGCGCAAGCAAUACACACAGCUGGGCAAGAAGGUGCGCGAACUGCACCAGGCGUGCCGGCACGAUGAUGGAUCGGACGACACCAGCAAGGGAACAUACCUACUCGAGCUCUAUGCCCUGGAGAUCCAAAUGUUCGCCGAAACGAAGAACAACAAACGACUCAAGGCCCUGUAUCAACGGGCUCUCAAAGUGCGGUCGGCAGUGCCACAUCCCAAGAUCAUGGGCAUCAUCCGUGAAUGUGGGGGCAAGAUGCACAUGAGCGAGGAGAACUGGAAGGAGGCACAAAGUGAUUUCUUCGAAUCAUUCCGAAACUACGACGAGGCGGGUUCCAUGCAACGAAUCCAGGUACUCAAGUACCUGGUCCUAACGACCAUGCUCAUGAAGUCCGACAUUAACCCGUUCGAUUCCCAAGAAACCAAACCAUACAAGAACGACCCACGAAUCUCGGCCAUGACCGAUCUAGUCGACGCCUUCCAGCGUGACGACAUACAUGCAUACGAGGAUGUACUGAGCAAACAUCCCGACGUGUUGGCCGAUCCUUUCAUCGCGGAAAACAUCGACGAGGUUAGCCGCAAUAUGCGCACCAAGGCCGUCCUCAAACUGAUUGCCCCCUACACUCGGUUCUCGCUCCAAUUUAUCUCCAAGCAUAUCAAAAUUUCGGUCCCCGAAGUGCUGGAUAUCCUUAGCUUUUUGAUCCUCGAUAAAAAGCUCAAUGCCAAGAUCGACCAGGAUAAUGGCACAGUUACGGUGGAGAGUGCGAGUGACGUGGAGCGGCUGCGGGCUGUGGAAGAGUGGAGCUCUGCGCUGCGCACUCUCUGGCAAACAACAUUGAACAGUGAGGGGUUGCGCGCCGACGAGCCUACUGGCUCGAUGUUCCAGCCAGGGUUCCGAGAUGAGCGUGCUCGCAAGCCUGUCAAACAAAAGCCGUCACAAUGGUAG